AUGAAGUUUCUUCAACUCAUCUUGGUCACCACACCAGUGGCACUAGCAUCUCCCUUAUCCGGUACGGGCAUCCCGCGCGACACCUCUGGGACUCAGCAAGUCAACAUCGAUCUCCAGGUCAACAAGGUCACCUCGGAGUCUACCAUCGAGUCUCUCGCACUCAAGACGGGUCGAACCAGCAAGAGUCCUAUUGCCUUUGAUGUCGACCAAGAUGGAUUCGGAACCCUCACCUUUGACGACAAAACCUAUACCAUUAGCGGGAACCCCGAGGUCUCUGGCGGUAUUGACUGCGGUAGUAUCGUCAGCGACACCGAGACUCUGAUCAGCUGCAUUGUGCCGGGACAAGCUGCCAAGCUGCCAAGCUGCUUCCCUGACGGCGGGCCUCUCGAGGUUGCCGAGGUGGCGCGAGCUGCUCAGGAAGGCCGGCGGGUUAUUCCUCUUGCCGAGACUAUGCGUACAUGGCAGCAACUGGAUUUGGAAGAGGCUGGUGCUGCCGGUAUCGGGGGCAAUGAGACGGUCGCGGACACGGACGACAAGGAAGCACUUUCGGAGCGUCAGUACAACCCUUGUUCACAGUGGACGCCGACCACGAUCAGGGAAGGCGAUGGAGAUCCUCAUCAGACGGCCAAGCACAUUCAGGUAACGAGUGCAGCAUCGGCCAUGUGCAAGUCAAGUCACAGACGGUCCGGUUCACGGCGGGGGGCCAAGGUAUCGCAGUGGAUCAGCGCCGGGUUCCGCGUCGAGAAGUCGACGACGACUGGCGAGAUCAACAUCUGCCACGCGGAGCACGACUGGGUGGCGGCGUGGAUGAAGGUGGGCAGGACGUCGUACCGGGUGCGCAACGGCCUGUUCAACGCGUGCACCGGCACCAAGCCGCACGGCCCCGUCUUCACCAUCACGUCGCCCAACAGCAACAGCCGCGGCGGCAACCCCUAUUGUGUCCGCGGGAAGCGGUACGUUCGGAAUGUGGGUGAUAGCUGGGAUGAGGCUCCGAAGCCCGGUCUGCCUUGA